CGCUUAUGGUCAAUGUCUUACUCUAAGUCGCAUGUCAUCCUGAUUGCGUCCGCGAUUGAUACGCCGGACUCGUUGGAAAAUGUCAUUGUAAAGUGGAUAGAGGAAGUACGUUCGAUCUACGGACCUACGAUCUCGGUUAUUCUCGUCGGCUGCAAGUCAGAUCUGGGGCCACCAGAAGGCUCACCGUCCUCGCAACAAUUUAUGACGCGCGCCGAGGCGGAGCGCGUGGCGCAGCUGAUCGGGGCGCGCGCGCACAAGGAGUGCAGCGCGCUGAAGAUUGAGGGCGUGGAUGAUGUGUUUGAGGUGGCGACGAGGGCGAGCAUGCUCAUGCGUGAGGGCGUGCCGGCGCAUGUGCCGAGUGCAGGGCAUGAGCGGCGCGGGAGCCGCGGUGCGAAUCGGGAU